AUGGAUGUGGCAAGUCUCGCCAUCUUCUGCGCUAUUCUACUAACCGGCUUGCCGGGAAAUGCUAUCAUCCUUGGAGCGUAUGCCAUCAAACCGCAGAGGAAGAGCACGGACAUAUUGAUAAUUAUCCAGGCUUUGGUAGAUCUGAUUGCAUGCAUUACCCCACAACCUGAGAUGAUCAGUGGUAUGGCAGUUUGUUGGAUAACUCUGACCGUCCGCCUCUCAACAUCUCUCGGCUCCCUCUUUCUCACAUUUGCAAUUGCCGUCGACAGGUACAUCACGGUUUGUCGACCUUUCGGUCGUCAAUUACCCAAAACCUACGCCCUCGUCUUUGCAAUCGGAUGUCUGGUUUUCGCUUUUCUCAUAAAUCUGACCAACAUCUGGUACUUCGAAGUCAUAGACGUCAAGUCAGCUGGGUGCAUUUUCUCGGCUUCAGCUUCUCCCUUGCAGAUUUCGAUGAAAGUAAUCCAGAUAGUCUCGUUCUUUAUAGCGGUGUUCGUAAGCAUGUUUUCUUACACGAAAAUAUUUAUGUUGAUACGUCGGCAAGCUCGGGUAAGAUCGGAAAUGAACGCCUCCAUACCAAGCCACACCGGUGCAAAUGCGACCUCCGUUACGCAAACAGUUUCUGAGACUGUCGCGGCAUCUAGCAGAAGUACCAGAAACGCAUGGAAUGGUACCGUGGCAUCAGCAACGAACAAGCAGUCAUCGUUCAUAGAUGAAACCAGUGGAGUGCAGAACCUUGAAGUACCGUCUUCUAGACCUGGUGGUGGUGGUCAUUUCCAUCCAGGACACAGCGGGACUGGGCAACUUCCGGCAAUUGAAACAAUAUCCGGUAACCAAAGUUCUGUUUCGGCAGUUGGAUACCUGGGACAGUCAGGGGACAGAAACGGACAGAUCCGACCUGCUAGGAGAAGCUACGGCGACCGGACCACUCGGAUGCUUCUCUGUAUUACAGUCGUACUCAUUCUAUCCUGGAUACCGUACAUUCUGGUGAUGGCUCUUCCUGCUAGGGCGUAUAUCUACCUUGUGACAAGGAUCACAAACUAUCAGGUGGUCUAUUCACUCACUCGGAUCAGAGGCUUCAAUCACAUGCUCAACGCGUUCGUGUACUGGUCCGUUAAUCCAGUCUUCAGGCAGGACGUUAAGCAAGUUUUCAUCCGCAUCAGGAAUUUUACAAUCCGAUAA